AUGGGUAACGCGGUUUACGGCGAUAAACUCACCUGCUACGAGACGUUGGAGACUUGUAAGCACUUUUAUUUUACGAAUCAUGGACAAAAUGGUUCUUAAUUCCCCUUUUUUGAACAUAGCAGGGUUACAGUUCCAGAUUAAAAGUAGUCAGAGUGUUCAAGUUAGGGUUUUAACAGAGCUGUUUAAAUAAGAUCUACAGGUGUUCAAGGAUGUGGGAAAUACGAUUGUGUCUAUGUGGAUAAGUGCAACGGCAACACCAACCAGAACUAUGUCUGUCUACCGUUUGAUAUGCGGUUUUUUAUGUAAGUUUCAUCUUUUUAAAUUGCAUGACUCAACAUAUACAUAUGUUAAGGUGGAUAAUGGUCGGUGUAUUUCUACUGACAGUCCUCAUAUGUUCUGGGAUUGUCGCUUGUUAUGCCCUGAGGGCAAUCCGCGCUUCUUUCCGUAAUUCCCUCCGUACUAAUGGAGAUGUCGUCUUCUACAAUGCCCGGAAUGUCCAUACUUUCCCCCAUCCGGCUACAGGAAAGUGGAGAGGUGGAGAUCCAGAUCCACGACAACGACCUCACUUCUGA